AUGUUAAAUGCUUUGAGAUCUUUGUAUAGCUCAGUUAAGUCUUGUAUUAGACUAAAUGGGGUCAAUAGUGAUUGGUUCAAUGUGAAGACAGGUUUACGUCAGGGAUGUAGUUUAUCCCCAAUUUUGUUUAAUCUGUUCAUAAAUGACCUAGUAAAUAAUGUUAAACUGCUGAAUGUUGGUAUAGACAUUGGUGAAGACGAAAAGCUAUGUAUACUUUUGUAUGCCGACGACAUUGUUCUAGUAGCGGAGAGUGAGACAGAUUUGCAGUUGUUGCUUGAUGUCCUUAGUGUCUGGUCCGAGACAAAUAAUAUGUCUGUCAAUGCAACAAAAAGCCAAGUUAUCCAUUUCAGGACAAAGAGUGAACCUCGAAGUAAUAUUGCUUUUUGCUGUGGCCCACAUACACUAGCUGUUGUUGAUAAAUAUGUCUAUUUAGGCCUUACUCUAACUGAACAUUUGGACUAUGGAAUAACUGCAAAAUUUGUUGCACAGUCUGCUGGUAGAGCUCUAGGCUUGCUUAUUGCUAGAUGUAAUAAAUUAGGCGGUAUGCCUUUCGAUGUAUUUUCUAAGUUAUAUGAUAGUCUUGUAUGGCCUGUUAUUGCUUACGGUGCCUCUAUUUGGGGGGAAAGGUCGUAUUCCUGUGUUGAUGCUAUUCAGCAUAGGGCUAUCAGGUUUUUCCUCGGUGUAGGGCGAUAUACGCCGACCGGUGCAGUAUCAGGCGAUAUGGGUUGGACACCGCCACUCGCUAGACAGUGGAUUAGCAUUGAUAAUUUCAUUGUUCGUAUGAGUAAAAUGGAUAAUAACAGGUUGAAUAAAAGAAUUUUUGUAUAUCUAGACAAGAUUGGUAACUACAGAUGUAGGAAUUGGAAUUUUAGAGUUAAAACAUUGUUACGUAAGAUGAAUUGUUCAGAAUUUAUUGUAAAUAAUGAGACAACUAUUAAUAAAAGAGAACUCAAUACCAAAGUUACAGAUUACAUAAUGAAUGAUUUUAAAAAUAAUUGGUUACAAAAUGUCAAUAGAAUUAAUGGAAUUAAUGGAAGAGGAGGUAAUAAGUUAAGAAAGUAUAAGUUAAUUAAACAGGAUUAUGGUAUAGAAACUUAUUGUAAACUCAUUAUGUCUAGAUCUCACAGGGCUGCCUUUGCAAAAUUUAGAGCCGGUGUUGCCCCGUUGAGAAUUGAAACUGGGCGGUAUGAAAACUUGCCUGUUGCUGCUCGAACUUGUCCAUUUUGUGUGUCUUUAGUUGAAGAUGAAAUACAUACUCUGUUCUUUUGUCCAAUGUAUAAUGAUCUACGUAAUUUACUAUUUGAAAAAGCUGUACAUCUAAAUGUAGAUUUUGGAAAUAUGACAGAGGAAGAAAAAUUCAUACUUCUGUUUACAAAUGAUGAUAUUAUAAGAGAUUGUGCAAAAACCUGCUUUUUAAUUUUACAACGGCGUCAGACAUUUUUGUGCAAGUAA